GCUCACUGUACCUGCUGCUUUAUAUCAUCUAUCAUUUACUGGCCAUAUAUGAAGAAUUUAAACCAGUUUUACUCAGAUGUCCCUGGUAGAUUUGGGGAAGAAGCUUUUAGAAGCGGCACGAGCAGGUCAAGAUGACGAAGUUCGUAUUUUGAUGGCAAAUGGAGCUCCUUUUACGACAGACUGGCUGGGAACUUCUCCACUUCAUCUGGCCGCACAGUAUGGGCAUUACUCUACCACAGAGGUACUCCUCCGAGCCGGUGUAAGUAGGGAUGCCAGGACCAAAGUGGACCGGACACCACUGCACAUGGCAGCUUCUGAGGGCCAUGCCAGCAUAGUAGAGGUUUUGCUUAAGCAUGGUGCUGACGUCAAUGCAAAGGAUAUGUUAAAGAUGACAGCUCUGCAUUGGGCGACAGAACAUAAUCAUCAAGAGGUGGUGGAACUUUUAAUCAAAUAUGGUGCUGAUGUACACACGCAGAGUAAAUUUUGUAAAACUGCAUUUGAUAUUUCAAUAGACAAUGGAAAUGAAGAUUUAGCAGAGAUAUUACAGAUUGCUAUGCAGAACCAAAUCAAUACCAACCCGGAGAGUCCUGACACUGUGACAAUACACACUGCCACACCACAGUUCAUCAUUGGACCUGGAGGGGUGGUGAACCUAACAGGUCUGGUAUCUUCAGAAAAUUCAUCCAAGGCAACAGAUGAAACAGGAGUAUCUGCUGUUCAGUUUGGGAACUCCUCUACGUCAGUAUUAGCUACAUUAGCUGCCUUAGCUGAAGCGUCUGCCCCAUUGUCCAAUUCUUCAGAAACUCCAGUAGUGGCCACAGAGGAGGUGGUUACUGCAGAAUCUGUGGAUGGUGCAAUUCAGCAAGUAGUUAGCUCAGGGGGUCAGCAAGUCAUCACGAUAGUUACCGAUGGAAUCCAGCUUGGAAACUUGCACUCCAUUCCAACUAGUGGGAUGGGCCAGCCGAUCAUUGUGACCAUGCCUGAUGGACAGCAAGUGUUGACAGUGCCAGCAACAGACAUUGCUGAGGAGACUGUCAUCAGUGAAGAGCCACCAGCUAAGAGGCAGUGUACGGAGAUAAUGGAGAGCCGGGUGGAGUCUGCAGAAAUUGAAGAGAGAGAAGCACUUCAGAAACAGCUGGAUGAGGCAAACCGUGAGGCGCAGAAAUACCGACAGCAGCUGCUCAAGAAGGAGCAAGAGGCAGAAGCUUACCGGCAGAAGCUAGAGGCCAUGACACGCCUCCAGACCAACAAAGAAGCUGUCUAGCCACCGAGAACAGGAGUUUGAUUUUACCUUUUGUCCAGAAUGAAUGCAGUCUUGAACUGUACACAGUAAGGACACAGCCAUGGAAUACCGGAUAAUAGAAAAUACUACAGAUUGAUAAUGGGACUUAAGCCAUGAGCUCUGAAUUCUUGUAAUAUAAAAAACUUUAGAACUUGUGAAAUGUAUUUAAAACUGAAUUCUGUAAAUAGUUUUUUGGUUGUUUCUUUUUUUACAGUUACAAAUGAGUUGAUAAAAGAUUGUUGAGGAGAUCCAAAAAAAAAAAAAAAAACCACAGUAAGGCACUGUUACAAGUAAUUCUUGAUUUGGGUACAGACUUCAUUUCUCAGAAACAGAAGUGGUUGUUGUCAGUUAGACCAAAUGUGUAAUAAUUAUGGUGGACUGAUGCUGGAAAUAACUCUGCAAAGAGAUUUCUCCCAGGAACUUUUGUACAGCUUUUAAGUUGUCUCAGGUUCUCUGAAAACAUUUUUUAGGAAGCAGAAAUUUUAUAUUUGUUCAAUUUCAGCUACAUGCAAGUAGAUUUACAUGUAUAUGAAGCAAAUAUUUUUAAAAUUUUGUUUGUACAUAUUCUGCAUGUUUUAUGAUUUUAAAACGCAUCACUUGCUUAGAUAUGUUUCCCACAAAGACGAUGAAAGUUACCGAGAAAUAUAAAAGGCACCACUGUCAUUCUGUUGGUCACCGAAAGUUAGUAAGCUAGCAAUGAUUUUACUGGCAACCGUGACAAUGUUCUUGGAAGGAGCAGCUUGCAAGAGAAUUUGAAUCUGCAAAAAAUGUAUGCUUUUUGGAAAAUUCCAUUGUGGGGACGUGAGACUGUAUUCUGUGCCUUCCAUCAUGAUUUCCACAUGAGCACUUUGAGGCGCUGGAUUUUAAGAUAAUGUUUUUGGCAAACUCAGUGCAUUUGGGUUUCUGAAAUAUUUCAUGGACUUAACUCCCCCCCCCCCAAGAAAUUAUUCUUAUGGAAAAUUGCUUUUGUAUGUAGAACAGGAACUUUUUGUACUCAGUGAUGCUAUAGAUACGUCUAAUGUAACUUUCGAUAUUCCCUGUAAAAGUUCCAGGCCUGUGUUGCAACUCAGUCUCAUCACAAUGUUGUCAGUUCCACAGUGUGUGGACAUUCGACAGACUAUUCCAUUCUUUUUUGUAAAGUGUAACUUCAAGCUCUUUAUUUUUUUUUGUUUGUUUUAUUGCUUUAUGAAAAUGUUUAACCCCAAAACUACUCUAGAUUAUCUGUAUAAAGAACCAAUUACCUUCAAGACUGUACUCUGGCCUCCUUUUCUAUUUUACAAUUAAAUAACUUUCCACAUAUGCUCAGUG